UAUCAGUGAUCACAUGCUGUACUAGCAACCCUACACAGGGAGACAUCUACUGCUCCAAAAGAAAGCAUUUCAUCAACUUUAGAUUCAGCUCAUUUCUCAAAGGUAUGUAGUAUUAUUUUUCUUUCUUCAUUGGAGCUAGAAAUAUAAUUCAAGCAAUGUCUGGUGUAUGGAUAUUCGACAACAAGGGUGUUGUCCAUUUGAUUAAAAACCCUACUCGUGAGUCCUUCGAGCAAAAACGACCAACAUAUCCAGGCACAGGUACACCCACUGCACCGGGAGCCCGCCCUAGGGUGCUCGUGUAUCUACCGGAGAACGAGACGAUAAGUUCCUAUGAAGAACUAGAGAAGAGACUCAUCGAACUCGGAUGGAGUCGAUACAACAACCCAAUAAGAUCGGACCUACUACAGUACCAUAAAUCAGAUGAUUCUGCACACCUAAUCUCACUUCCUAAAAGCUUUACUAACUUCAAAUCUCGAGAUAUGUAUGACAUUGUCGUCAAGAAUAAAUCUUUCUUUGAAGUCCGUGACUCUCCAUUAAGCUAGAUCAAUGUUUCUAGGACUUGCUUACGGGGUGCAUAUGUGGUACACCUACGUGAAAGAAUCGGAUACUGGUGCGUCAACUUUUAUGACAUUAAAUUCUAGUGUACUUCGAAGAAUUCAAAUGAAGCACCCAAACCCUUAUCUUACCCGUUGGACACAAGUAUGUCAUGAUAAAUAUUGAAAAAUCCAAGCAGCAUCUGCAGAGACAGAGCCAGGAUACGAAGCUUAUUAUGGGUUGUGGAUUCUAAUCUUGUCAAGUUAC